AUGCUGCCGUGCGCGCGGUCGGUGCUGCGGAGGAGGGGGCUGGCCCUCCUGCGCGGGUUCGCCGAGGGCGAGUGCGGCAGGGGGGAGGCGCUCGCCAAUGCCAGGUGCGCGACCACGCUGGCCGGGCUAGGCGGCAGCCGCGGCAGGGUCGGCCGCUGGGCCGAUCCGCCGGCGCGCGGCGAGCCGCGCCGGUUGGGCGCGGGCUGGCCCGCGGGCGCGCAGACGAGGAGCUUCCUCGGGUGCGGCGACGGGGAGGAGGGGAGUGUCCUCUCCAAGGUCUACGAGGAGAGGCGCGUGAUGGGGUACUCGCCGGAGCAGAUGUAUGCCGUCGUCGCGGCUGUGGACCUCUACGAGGAUUUUGUGCCCUGGUGCCAGCGGUCCAGGGUUAUUAGACGGUAUGACAACGGCUCGUUUGAUGCCGAGCUCGAAAUUGGAUUCAAGUUCUUUGUUGAAAGCUAUGUCUCUCAUGUGGAGAUGGAGAAGCCCAAGUAUAUCAAGACGACAGCGUCUCAAAGUGGACUUUUCGAUCAUUUGAUAAACGUUUGGGAAUUCAAGCCUGGUCCUGUUCCUGGAACAUGUGACCUUUACUUCUUAGUGGAUUUUAAGUUUCAGUCACCACUAUAUCGGCAGGUUGCUUCCAUGUUCUUCAAGGAAGUUGUUUCCAAGCUGGUAGGCUCAUUUAGCGAUCGAUGUUUUAGAAUUUAUGGACCUGCCGUUCCUGUGCUGGAAAAGUCUUACAGGCAUGGAAGAUAA